CUGUCCUUUGCUGCAGUCAUGAGGUUCAAAUUCCCUCUCAUGGCCAUAAGCCUGGAAGUUGCUAUGAUUGUUUUAUUUGGAUUAUUUGUUGAAUAUGAGACACCGCAGAAUGCUUCCCAGAAGAAUUCUUCCCACCAGGGUAACGCCUCAAGUUCAGCAAAAAAGGACCAAUUUUUUCAGUUGUAUCCCUUAUUCCAAGAUGUGCACGUCAUGAUAUUUGUUGGCUUUGGCUUCCUCAUGACCUUUCUGAAGAAAUACAGUUUCAGUGGUGUGGGUUUCAACCUUUUUCUUGCUGCUCUGGGCCUCCAAUGGGGUACGAUUAUGAAGGGCCUUCUUGACAGCCAUGGAAAGGAAUUUCACUUCGGAAUCUACAAUAUGAUCAAUGCAGACUUCAGCACAGCCACCGUUCUAAUUUCCUUUGGCGCUGUCCUGGGGAAAACAAGCCCCAUUCAAAUGUUGAUCAUGACAAUUCUGGAAAUUGCUGUAUUUGCUGGCAAUGAAUACCUUGUUAAUGAAUUAUUUGAGGCAUCUGACACUGGAGCAUCAAUGACAAUCCAUGCCUUUGGAGCUUACUUUGGCUUAGCGGUAGCAGGUGUGUUAUAUCGGCCUGGACUCAGAUGUGAACACCCAAAUGAAGAAUCUGUGUACCACUCUGACUUGUUUGCCAUGAUCGGAACACUUUUCCUGUGGAUAUUUUGGCCCAGCUUUAAUUCAGCCAUUGCUGUUCCUGGAAAUCAUCAGUAUAGGGCCAUUGUCAACACAUACAUGUCCCUUGCUGCCUGUGUGAUCACAGCCUAUGCCUUGUCCAGCCUUGUUGAGCGCCGAGGCAGGCUGGAUAUGGUACACAUUCAGAAUGCUACUCUAGCAGGAGGUGUUGCGGUGGGCACAUGCGCAGACAUGGAAAUCCCCCUAUAUGCUGCUAUGACCAUUGGAAGCAUUGCAGGGAUCAUCUCUGUGCUUGGAUACAAGUUCUUCAGUCCACUGUUAGCUAAUAAACUGAUGAUCCAUGAUACGUGUGGGGUUCAUAACUUGCACGGCUUACCUGGAGUGUUUGGAGGCCUGGCCAGCAUUGUAGCCAUAAGCUGGGGGAAGUCUACUGCGUCUAUGGCUAUGCAGGCAGCAGCACUGGGAUCUUCCAUUGGCUCAGCGAUUCUUGGUGGUUUGCUUACAGGUCUAAUUCUGAAGUUGCCUAUCUGGAACCAGCCACCUGAUGAAUACUGCUAUGAUGACUCUGUUUCUUGGAAGGUUCCCAAAUUCAGAGAACUUGAUAAUCGCUUCUUUCAACAUGCGAAUCACAACCAUGUGGAACACGAAGUCUAAAUACCACUCCUAAACUCAGCAGCCUCCGAAUUGCCAAGAAGAGUCAAGUUUAAAGAAACAAAAACUUGGUAUCCAAAGGGAUAGGCAUGACAAUAGAUACAUUCCAGCCCCAAAUGGCCAGUGUAAAAAUGUCUUUAGAUUUAGUAUUAUCCCUUAAUGUCCAAAUGAUUUCUCAGUGGACAGGAAAAUGCUCAGAAAGCCGUCUAUCCUAGGCUCUAAGAAUGACAUUGCAAAUGGAUAGGUUCAUAGCGAAUGUUUGAUUGUAUUCUUGAUAUCUUGCAAAAGAGAUGACUUAUAGAAAUCAAUACUUCUUGAUCACAUCUAACUUUAUCCACUUUUUAGGUUAGUGUACAUUGAGGCAUCUUUGUGCAUGUGUGUCAUACCCCUUCCCCUACCCUCUGCACAUCCCUCCCCACUGCAAUCCCUCAUGAUUUCUCACUCCCUCCAGCUGGUUUCCCUCUCUCCCCUCAGUUAGGGAUUGCUUGUUUUAUUGCAUGCAUUCUAUCCGCAACACUUGAGCUUCCU